AUGCCUCCUGCCGUACCAAGUUUCAUCAUCAGUUCAAGUUCAUCGGCGCAUCUUACCCGAAAGUCUUCCACCUCGCCGGAAUACGAGACACAAGACAUCAAGACGAGUCGACCGGAUUUGAGCCCGCUGAAAAGCUGGCUGUACUGUCUACGUAAGAACGCAUACCGAAUAGGUCCACGCCGUCUCCUCAUGACCAAACCGGCGCUGAAACAAUCACCGAGAGAGCCUUUGCCAACUCCUGCACUCGACAAUUCUUCAAUUCGCAACUCCUACACCAUCGGCCGCGGUGAAACUGGUGUUUUGACGUUUGAACCCUACAAGUCCCUCAUCUUGCCGUUUUGGGCCUUCCGGACCGUCGACAUUGCAAGGAAUUCUGCCGAAGUUCUAUGGGGUAUCUUUGAAUCUUAUUGCGAACGCGGUGAUUUUGUUGGCGCUGAUAUGACCCGCAAAUUCAUUCAAAUGGGUAUGACGAGGUCCCGUCGAUAUGCCAACCACAAGGGUGGCCGGAAGUAUGCAAAGGACGGAAAGGUGCUCGACAAGUGGACCGAAGACGAUGCCACUGGCCAGAGGGCGGAGAAGGAAGAAGCCAGCAGAAUCUUCAAGGAGUACUGGCAGAGGUGUACACGAGAUGAGUCGUAUAAGAAACUCAAGGACACAUGGUCGGCGGAGCAGAAAGCGGUGGAAAGGAGGCGACCUUCGAGACCUGCAGCGCCUGAUACAGUCAAGCGCUGA